AUGUCUAAAAAGAUUCAAACCAAAAAAUGGGACCUAGUACCAUUAGAUGGGUUUCCUAUCACAAUGAUGGACAAGGGGUUUGUCGGACUUGAAGAAUGUACAGACUAUGGCCUGGAUAAACAGAGCAGAAGGUCUAAGAAGAAUAAACAGCCAAAAAAGAGAAAGCAGUCAGAGACCAAAGUAAAAGAUAAAGUUGUAGAAGUUCCCCAAAAGAAAAUUAAACUCAGCAAUGGUUUUAUAGUUGAAACAUGUAAAAAAAUCACACCAUCAAAAGCAAAUGAUGUCCAAGAAAUUAAUCAAGAUAUAAAAAAGAGUACCAAAAAGGUUAAGGUUGCACAAGUAAAGGCUGAUAAAGUUAAGAAACCGAAACUCGGUGAAAAUAUAGCUAAAGUUACAAACCUGACUAAGGAAGAUAUGUUGUCGUGGGCAGAGUUCAAACUGCCGGAGGAAAUUGUAAAAGCACUUAUGGAACAGGGAUUUAAGAAUCCGACAAAAAUACAACAGUUGGUACUCCCUGCUGCGAUUCAUGGCAGAAGAGAUAUUCUCGGAGCUGCUGAGACAGGCAGUGGUAAAACAUUAGCCUUCGGACUUCCAAUAUUAACCGGCAUAAUGAAACUCAAAGAGAAAGCCGAACAAAAAGGACUAGAUGUAUAUGAUAUACCUUUUAAGAAAAGUUCAGUUAAAAAGAGAAAAGAAGUCGAAAAUAAAAAAGAAAAAAUAAAAAUAGGAGGAAAAAAAAGUAAAGAUACGAGGAAUAAUCGGAAAAAUAAUGAAAAGAAAGUAGUGAACGAGAAUAUUAAGGAAUCAUCGGAGGAUGGUUAUAGUAGUGGUGAUGAAAACGAUGAAUCAUUGACCGGAGAUGGUGUUGAUGAAGAAAAUAAUGAUAGUGACUUUAUUGAAGAAAUAGAAGUUCCGUUUAGGAAACAAAAGCAACCAGAGGAAAAUGAUUCAAGUGAUGAAGAUUAUGUACAUUUGUCUGAUAUGCUGGAGUCUGAUGAUUUAGAGAGUGAUGAAAAUGAUGAAGAUGAGGUUAGUGACGCCGAAGAUGAUGAAAAUGAUGAUAAUGAUGAUGUUGAUGAAAAUGAUGAUGAAAUAAAUAAUGGUGUUAGUGAUGAUGAAGAAGAUAAUGGCAUUGACGAAGUGGACAUUGCAAAUGGAGGCAGAGGUUGUGUGAAGGUGAUAGAAGAUGUAUCAUUGCCGGAACAAGUGAUGAUGAAGACCGGCAAACCUUUGUAUGCUCUGAUAUUAACUCCAACAAGAGAAUUGGCCAUACAGAUCAGUAGACAUCUGAUAGCCGCUGCUAAAUAUACAGGCAUAAAGAUAGCUACGGUGGUAGGUGGUAUGGCUGCCGUGAAGCAAGAACGAGUGUUGGCAUCAGGUCCAGAAAUAGUUGUGGCGACUCCUGGCCGUUUGUGGCAGCUAUUGAGCGAGGGUCAAAGCCAUUUGAUGCAAAUACCUACCGUCAAGUUUCUGGCGAUAGAUGAAACUGAUCGUAUGAUAGAACGAGGACAUUUUGAGGAGCUGCAGCCAUUGUUGGAGAGGCUUAACUCGGAGGAAACUCACAAAAACUCAAGACAGAACUUCGUUUUCUCAGCCACACUCACAAUGGUCCAUGACUUACCCUCGCAUAUGAAGGGAAAAAAGGUAACGAAGAGAGGCAAAGUGCUGAACAGAAAAAUUGACAAAAUGACACCGCAGCAGAAGAUAAAGAGAUUGGUUGAUAUGAUAGGGAUGUCGGAUCCCAAGGUCGUGGAUAUCACCACAAAGAACUUAGGCGCCGCGGACACAUUGACUGAAUGUCGUAUAACAUGCUCAUUGGAUCAAAAGGAUGUGUAUUUGUUCUAUAUACUAAAGAGACAUCCGGGCAGGACUAUUGUGUUCUGUAAUUCCAUCAAUAGUGUGAAAAGGUUGGCCCAAAUACUCACGUUAGUGAAGUGUAAUCCUCUCCCACUACACGCCAGUAUGCCACAACGACAACGCUUGAAGAAUUUGGAAAGAUUCCGUGACGAUGUCCACGGCGUGUUGGUGUCCACUGACGUAGCUGCCCGCGGGUUGGACAUACCUGACGUGGACCACGUGAUACAUUACCAGGUCCCGCGGACAGCUGAGAACUACAUACACCGCAGUGGUAGAACAGCCCGCGCUACUAAGGAAGGUCUCACCAUAUUGAUGAUGGAGCCCGCUGAGGCCUACACAUACUCUAAGUUAUGCCGGACACUCAAUAAGACAUCCGAGCUGCCAACGUUCCCUGUACCAAGUUAUCAGAUUUCACCAAUAAGAGAUAUCAUCAAUUUAGCGAGGGAAUUGGACUCACUUAUUAUAAAGAAGAAGAGAUUGACUCAAGAGCAGAGUUGGCGGGAACGGGCUGAGAAGGAAAUGGACUUGAUAAUAGAUGAUGAUGAUGUCAUCAGUCCGGAGUUUAAAUCCGACCCGUCGAUAGAUAAAGCUCUUAAAACUAAGAGGAAACAGCUUGAAUCAAUGCUGGCGAGACCAUUAUUCCCAAAAGGAUUUUCAUACAAGUACCCCACUCUAAACGAACCUAACGCAUUACAAGUCACCUCUGAUGAAAAAGCUUUAGAGGUCAUGAAAAAGGCAAUACAGAGCGGUGAACUCAAAAAGGAGAAGCGGAAAGGGAAAAACGCGCCGUUACUGAAAUUAGAGAAGAUUUUUAAAAAUAAAAAAAUGUUGUAA